UCUAGGCGGGGAGAGAAGAAAUUUCGGCUGAAUCUAGGCUUGGCGGAGCAUGGAAUGCUCGGCACAAUCUAUGCUUGGAGUUACCUACUAAUUAUGUUCGUCACUACCUAGGCUCGGGGAACUUUAGAAUGAUAGGGAAACCUAGGAUGCCAUUCUAGUAAGUCGUUUCGCUGCAAAUAAAUAACGGCUAGUGUGACAAUGUCGAAGGAUAACGUGGCUAUGGAGGUGGAACUCGGGCAGCUUCGAAUAAAAAACUCCGACCUUCGUUUCAAGGUCGACCGGCUACAGACCGACUUACGAGCCGCGAGGGACCUCGCAGCGGCAGUCACGGCGGAGCUGGACACGUGGAAGAAGCAGAGCGUUCCCCGCGCCGAGGCGGAGAACCUGCGCGCGGAGGCGGAGAAAUGGAAAGCGCGCGCGGAAGCCUCCGCGGGAAGUUCCGCCGGGCUGCGGGGAGGUGGCGGCGGGGGAAAAGAGCUUGAGGAGAAAAUAACGGCUUUAGAAGUCGAAUUAGGUAAGUAUAAAUUUAAGAACAUGGACCUCCAGAAUAAAGUCGAUAGACUCUCCAAGGAGUUUAAGAGCCGGCCUUCAGCUGGCGGCGAAGCGGGAAAACCGCCUCCCGGGUCGGUGGCGGGAACCGCGGCGGCGGGAAACGCGCAGGCGGCGGCGGGACACGCGCAGGGAGCGCCGGCGGCCGCGGGCUCGGCGGCGGGGCUGACGGGGAAGGCGCUGUUCUUGAGUCGCCUAAGGAGCGGGGAGCUGUCGUCGCGCGGGCCUGGCGGGCCAGGCGGGCCAGGCAAGACAAGCGGGUCCGCCGGCGGGAUUGGCGGCGGGUCUAGCUGGCGAGCGCGGGGUAAGGGGGAGGCGGAGGCCGCUUUGGAGGGGGAGCAGAGGCGGAAGGAGGAGGAGGAGAAUCAGCGGAAGAUGGGGGAGGAGAAUGGACGGCUGAGAUCUUCCCUCGAGGAGGCUGAGAAGCGGUUGGAGAUGUGGAAAGGCGUUGCGGAGAGAUGGAGAAAGGAAGUCGAGGCUUUGAAAGGGGUACCUUGCGAGUCGCCUAAGGAGGUACUAUUUUGCGCUGAAGAAUCUAAGGAGGAGUCUAAGGAGGAGUCUAAGGCGGGAUCUAAGGCGGGAUGUCUGGAAGAACCUACGGCGGAAUCUAAGGCCGAGUCGAGUACAUGCGUUUCUCAUGACAGCGCGAGUGGGGCUGAGGAGCAGAAAGAGGAAAGUUUAGGGACGACUUUAAAGAUGCAUACAGAAUCGUCUUCUAUUGGCAGUGAGUCUGCUAAUGGUGUAGAGUCUUCUAACGCGGUGAAAUCGACUAACGGGGUAGAGUCUUCUAGUGGCGCUGAGUCUAUUAAUGAGUCUAAGAACGAGUCUAAUAACGAGCCUAAUAACGAGUCUUAUGAAGGGGUGGGCUAUGGGUUAACGUGUACAGAUGGACUCGCAGCCGCAAGCCGCGAGGUGAUUGUUGAUUCGACUCUAAAAUCACCCGCAGCUGCAAAACGCGAAGGAGCUGAAGAGAAGGGAGAGCAGCAAGGGGAGCAGCAAGAGGAGAAACGGGGAGAGCAGCAACGGGAGGAGGAGCAGAGAGGGCAGCAAGGGGAGCGGCAAGGGGUACAGCACGGAAAGCAGCAAGGGCUACAAGGGGCAGAGCUGGAGCAGCGGGGGGGGUGUACAGAUGAGCAAGCAGCUGCGAAGUGCGAGGGAGCUGAAGAGAAGGGGAAGCAGAGAGGAGAGAAACGGGGAGAGCAGCAAGUGAAGAUGCAGCAAGGGGAGCAGCAAGCUGAGCAGCACGCAGAGCAGCAGCAGGAGGAGCAGCAAGGAAAGCAGCAAGCACAGCAGCAAGAAGAGCAGCAAACAGAGCAGCAGCACAGAAAGACACAUCAAGAGGAAACGGAGGAAGAGAAUGCACGAAAGGGAGAUAUUCUGGCAGGGGGGUCGGUUGCAGGAGGGGCAAAGGAGGGAGAGAAGGGGGAAGGGCGUGGGGCGGGAGAGAAGGUGGAAGUGAAGGGGGAAGGUGUUUGUGGGGAUGGUGGGGCUGGUGAGGUAGCGGAAGGGAUUUUGCAGAGAAAUGAGAAAGAGCAAGGGGAAGAACGAGCAUUGGAGCAGGGGGGGGAGCAUGGGGGGGAGCAUGGGGGGGAGCAUGGGGGGGAGCAUGGGGGGGAGCAAGCGGAUGGAAAGGGGGAAAAGCAGGGGGGAUCAGGUUGUAACAAAUUGACAGUAAUUAUUGAGGCAUCAGCUUGUAACGAGGAUGGGAUGCAAACACGAGUCAUACAAGAAGGUGGGAAUAGAGAAAGGCGGCAAGCAGAGCAUCUCGAACGCAUGACCUCAGCGCGAAAAGGAGCGGCUAAUAACGAGGAUAAGCUGCUGCAGGGGAGGCUGGCGAGUCCCUCUUUUGGGUCUAAUCCUCCAAGUCCCUCCUUCACAUCUAGGCCGCUCUUUAGCAAACUGCCUCCUGCUAUAGCGAGUAUGGAAAGUAUGGCCAGGUGUCUGCAUCCACACACUUUAGAGGAUAACGAGCCUUCUCCUAAGGGGACUCCAAGGCAGCUUAUAAAGGGUACAGGUGCGGCAGAGGAGGGGGGAGUUAGGGGGGAGGAAGCCCGGGGGCUGAUCCGGGGAGGGUGGUUGGAGCUAGGGAGGAGGAGAGAGGAGGCGGAGAGGGGUAUGAAGGAGGCUCUGAGGGCGAGAGAAGUUGCAGAGAGAGGGAGGGAGGGAGCAGAGAGGAGAAGGAAAGAAGCAGAGGAGAAAAUGGUCCGGGCUUUAAUGGAGAGGGACGAGGCGGAGAGGAGGAGAGAGGAGGCUGAAGGGAGGUUGGCGGAAGUGGAAGGGUGGUGGAGGGAGAGUGAGAAGGGGAGAGAGAGGGAGGGGAGGGGGAGGGAGGAGGUGGAGAGGGCGUUGGAAGAGGAGAGGGGGAGGAGGGAGGAGGCGGAGAAGGGGAGGGAGGAGGCAGAGAGGAGGAGGGAGGAGGGUGAUGGAGAGAGGGAGGAGGCGGAGAGGAGAGCGAGGGAUGUGGAGCGAGAGGGGGAGAGAGUGAGGGAGGAGAUGGAAAGAGCGAGGAGGGAAAUAGAGGGGAGGUUGGCAGAAGCGAGCGCAGCACAGAGGGAAGCUGAAGCGAGGCGAAAUGAGGCUAUAAAGGCAAUGGAGGAGGCUUGUCACGGGGAAAGAACAGCCCUAGGGCUGAGAGACAGGGCAGUAUAUGAGAGAGUGGAGAUGGCAAGGGAAAGGGACGAGGCGGAGAGGAGGAGGGAGGAAGAGGAGGGGAGGAGGAGAGCGGCAGAGACGGAGUGUGGGGAAGCAGAGAGGAGGAGGGGGAUUGCUGAGAGGGAGAGAGAGGAGGCUAUAGAGGCAGCAGUGAGAGCAGAGAAGAGGAGGGGGGAGGCAGAGAGGGAGCGAGAUGCUGCUGUGAGAGAGAAGGUAAAGGCUGAGAGGGUAAUGGAAGGGGCUGUUCUAGAGAGGGACCUGGCUUUGUUAAAGGCGGAAGAAGCUGCCAGGAAGGUUUGGGAUGCGGAACGCGUGAGGAUUGAGGCUAAAAGGGUGUGGGAAGAUGCGGAUAAGAUCCGGGCAGAAGCGGAAACUGCGCAGGCUGAGGCUGAGAAAGCUCGGGCAGCUGCGGAAAAGUUUAAGGCGGAGUCGGAGCUGGUCCGGGCAGCUGCUGAGAUUGCCAAGGGGGAGGCUGAGGCGAUGAAACGGGAGGUGGAAGUUUUGCGGGCAGAAACGGCGGCGGCUUUGGCUGCCCGGGAAGAGGAGCGGGCGAAGAAGAUUGGUCUUGAGGGGAAGAUAGAAUCUUUAUUGAUGACCGUGGAAGCGCAAAAAAGGGCAGGGUCGGGCAGGUUAACAGAAGGGGAGGAAGGAGAGAUAAGGAUAGCACACGAUUUGAGAGUGUGGGGGCGACAGCUACAGGCAGAAUUGCUCAAAGGUGAAGAGGAGAGGAGGGGGUUAGAGGAGAGGUGUAGGAAGGUGGAGGAGAGAGUGAGGGAUGUGGAGAGAGUGAGGGAGGAGUCGGAGAGGGGGAGAGAGAGGGCGGAGAGAGAGAGGGAGGAGGCGGCUGGAAAGGUAAGAGAGGCAGAAAGAGUGGCGGAGAGGCUUAGAGGGGAGUUGAGAAGGUUGAUUGGAGGGAUGGUGGGAGAGGAGAAAGAGGGAGGGGAGGAGAAGGAGGAGAGGGAAGGGGAGGGGGAGAGGAAAGGGAAGAUGGGAAGGGAGGAGGGCGGGAAGAGAGAGGAGGACAGGGAGAGUAUGACAAAGCCGACAGGGAUAGAGGAUGAGUCAGCAGGAAAGUGUGGUUUGGCUGGAGAGGGGGGUGUGGGGAAAGGGGAGGGAGGAGCUGACAAAGACGAGAGUGGUGAGGACUUGGAGAGUGUGAAGGAAGGGGGUUUGAGACAUGAAAGGGAGGAGGAUGUGGUGAGUGAGGCGGUGGUGCUAGUUGCUGAUCACUUGACUGCAGUCGCUCCUACAAGGCGGGCAGGGGGUGCUCGGGAGCAGGAGCAGGAGACACGUGAGGCGAAGCGCCAGGAGAAGGAGCAGGAGAAGGAGCAGGAGGAUGAGAGGUGGGAGAGGAAGGAGAGGCACGUAAAGAAGGAGGAAGAGGAGGAGGAAGAGGAAGAGGUGAAAGAGGUGUUGACAGUGACAGAGACGGACAGACAGAGAGGUGUUGAAACCCAUACUAUGGACAGGCAGUUGCAAAGGCAGUUGCAGGGGCAAUCGCAGUUGCAGCUAAGAGGGGGGAUGGCAGACGGAGGAAGGGAGGAGGUGGAGAGGCUUGUACAGCAACUGCAGCAUGCUCUUAGCGAGGCUGAAAGGCAGAAGGUUACUGCUGAGAAGGGAAGGGAAGUGGCAGAGACGCUUGUACAGGAGUUGAAGCAUGCUCUUAGUGAGACUGAAUGGCAAAGGGAAGAAGCGCAGAGGGAGAGGGUGGUGGAUGCAGAGAAGAGAAGGGAUGAGAUGGAGAGGCAAGAGAUGGAGAGGCAAGCCGCUCUUACUGCAACUGCGAGCGAGAGGGAGGCGGCAGAAAAUGAACGAGUGGAGGCUGAGAAGGAGAAGCAGGAAGCAGAGAGUGCAAGAGUGAAGGCUGAGAAGGAGAGGGAGGAAGCGGAGAAGGCACGGAGUGAGGCCGAGCAGAAGAGGGAGGAGGCUGAUCAGAAGAGAGAGAAGGCUGAGCAGAAGAGAGAGGAGGCUGAGCAGAAGAGAGAGGAGGCUGAGCAGAAGAGAGAGGAGGCUGAGGCAGCGAAAUGUGAGGCUGAGAAGGAGAGGGAGGAAGCGGAGAAGGCACGGAGUGAGGCCGAGCAGAAGAGGGAGGAGGCUGAUCAGAAGAGAGAGGAGGCUGAGCAGAAGAGAGAGGAGGCUGAUCAGAAGAGAGAGGAGGCUGAGGCAUCGAAAUGUGAGGCAGAGAAGGAGAGGGAGGAAGCGGAGAAGGCACGGAAUGAGGCCGAGCAGAAGAGGGAGGAGGCUGAGCAGAAGAGAAAGGAGGCUGAUCAGAAGAGAGAGGAGGCUGAGGCAGCGAAAUGUGAGGCAGAGAAGGGGAGGGAGGAAGCGGAGAAGGCACGGAGUGAGGCUGAGCAGAAGAGGGAGGAGGCUGAACAGAAGAGAGUGGAGGCUGAGGCGGCAAAAUGUGAGGCAGAGAAGGAGAGGGAGGAAGCGGAGAAGGCACGGAGUGAGGCUGAGCAGAAGAGGGAGGAGGCUGAGCAGAAGAGAGAGGAGGCCGAGGCAGCGAGAUGUGAGGCAGAGAAGGAGAGGGAGGAAGCGGAGAAGGCACGGAGUGAGGCUGAGCAGAAGAGGGAGGAGGCUGAGCAGAAGAGAGAGGAGGCUGAGGCAGCGAAAUGUGAGGCAGAGAAGGGGAGGGAGGAAGCGGAGAAGGCACGGAGUGAGGCUGAGCAGAAGAGGGAGGAGGCUGAACAGAAGAGAGUGGAGGCUGAGGCGGCAAAAUGUGAGGCAGAGAAGGAGAGGGAGGAAGCGGAGAAGGCACGGAGUGAGGCUGAGCAGAAGAGGGAGGAGGCUGAGCAGAAGAGAGAGGAGGCCGAGGCAGCGAGAUGUGAGGCAGAGAAGGAGAGGGAGGAAUCGGAGAAGGCACGGAGUGAGGCCGAGCAGAAGGGGGAGGAGGCUGAGCAGAAGAGAGAGGAGGCCGAGGCAGCGAAAUGUGAGGCAGAAAAGGGAAGGGAGGAAGCGGAGAAGGCACGGAGUGAGGCUAAGCAGAAGAGGGAGGAUACUGAACAGAAGAGAGUGGAGGCUGAGGCGGCAAAAUGUGAGGCAGAGAAGGAGAGGGAGGAAGCGGAGAAGGCACGGAGUGAGGCUGAGCAGAAGAGGGAGGAGGCUGAGCAGAAGAGAGAGGAGGCUGAGGCAGCGAAAUGUGAGGCAGAGAAGGGGAGGGAGGAAGCGGAGAAGGCACGGAGUGAGGCUCAGCAGAAGAGGGAGGAGGCUGAACAGAAGAGAGAGGAGGCUGAGGCAGCGAGAUGUGAGGCAGAGAAGGAGAGGGAGGAAGCGGAGAAGGCACGGAGUGAGGCCGAAAAGAAGAGGGAGGAGGCUGAGCAGAAGAGAGAGGAGGCUGAUCAGAAGAGAGAGGAGGCUGAGGCAUCGAAAUGUGAGGCAGAGAAGGAGAGGGAGGAAGCGGAGAAGGCACGGAAUGAGGCCGAACAGAAGAGGGAGGAGGCUGAGCAGAAGAGAAAGGAGGCUGAUCAGAAGAGAGAGGAGGCUGAGGCAGCGAAAUGUGAGGCAGAGAAGGAGAGGGAGGAAGCGGAGAAGGCACGGAGUGAGGCCGAGCAGAAGAGGGAGGAGGCUGAGCAGAAGAGUGAGGAGGCUGAUCAGAAGAGAGAGGAGGCUGAGGCAUCGAAAUGUGAGGCAGAGAAGGAGAGGGAGGAAGUGGAGAAGGCACGGAAUGAGGCCGAGCAGAAGAGGGAGGAGGCUGAGCAGAAGAGAAAGGAGGCUGAUCAGAAGAGAGAGGAGGCUGAGGCAGCGAAAUGUGAGGCAGAGAAGGAGAGGGAGGAAGCGGAGAAGGCACGGAGUGAGGCUGAGCAGAAGAGGGAGGAGGCUGAACAGAAGAGAGUGGAGGCUGAGGCGGCAAAAUGUGAGGCAGAGAAGGAGAGGGAGGAAGCGGAGAAGGCACGGAGUGAGGCUGAGCAGAAGAGGGAGGAGGCUGAGCAGAAGGGAGAGGAGGCUGAGGCAGCGAAUUGUGAGGCAGAGAAGGAGAGGGAGGAAGUGGAGAAGGCACGGAGUGAGGCUGAGCAGAAGAGGGAGGAGGCUGAGCAGAAGAGAGAGGAGGCUGAGGCGGCGAAAUGUGAGGCAGAGAAGGAGAGGGAGGAAGCGGAGAAGGCACGGAGUGAGGCCGAGCAGAAGGGGGAGGAGGCUGAGCAGAAGAGAGAGGAGGCCGAGGCAGCGAAAUGUGAGGCAGAAAAGGGAAGGGAGGAAGCGGAGAAGGCACGGAGUGAGGCUAAGCAGAAGAGGGAGGAGGCUGAGCAGAAGAGAGAGGAGGCCGAGGCAGCGAGAUGUGAGGCAGAGAAGGAGAGGGAGGAAGCGGAGAAGGCACGGAGUGAGGCUGAGCAGAAGAGGGAGGAGGCUGAACAGAAGAGAGAGAGGGAGGAAGCGGAGAAGGCACGGAGUGAGGCUGAGCAGAAGAGGGAGGAGGCUGAGCAGAAGAGAGAGGAGGCUGAGGCGGCGAAAUGUGAGGCAGAGAAGGAGAGGGAGGAAGCGGAGAAGGCACGGAGUGAGGCUGAGCAGAAGAGGGAGGAGGCUGAGCAGAAGAGAGAGGAGGCUGAUCAGAAGAGAGAGGAGGCUGAGGCAGCGAAAUGUGAGGCAGAGAAGGAGAGGGAGGAAGCGGAGAAGGCACGGAGUGAGGCUGAGCAGAAGAGGGAGGAGGCUGAUCAGAAGAGAGAGGAGGCUGAGGCAGCGAAAUGUGAGGCAGAGCAGGAGAGGGAGGAAGCGGAGAAGGCACGGAGUGAGGCCGAGCAGAAGAGGGAGGAGGCUGAGCAGAAGAGGGAGGAGGCUGAGGCGGCGAAAUGUGAGGCAGAGAAGGAGAGGGAGGAAGCGGAGAAGGCACGGAGUGAGGCCGAGCAGAAGGGGGAGGAGGCUGAGCAGAAGAGAGAGGAGGCCGAGGCAGCGAAAUGUGAGGCAGAAAAGGGAAGGGAGGAAGCGGAGAAGGCACGGAGUGAGGCUAAGCAGAAGAGGGAGGAUGCUGAACAGAAGAGAGUGGAGGCUGAGGCGGCAAAAUGUGAGGCAGAGAAGGAGAGGGAGGAAGCGGAGAAGGCACGGAGUGAGGCUGAGCAGAAGAGGGAGGAGGCUGAGCAGAAGAGAGAGGAGGCUGAGGCGGUGAAAUGUGAGGCAGAGAAGGAGAGGGAGGAAGCGGAGAAGGCACGGAGUGAGGCUGAGCAGAAGAGGGAGGAGGCUGAGCAGAAGAGAGAGGAGGCUGAUCAGAAGAGAGAGGAGGCUGAGGCAGCGAAAUGUGAGGCAGAGAAGGAGAGGGAGGAAGCGGAGAAGGCACGGAGUGAGGCUGAGCAGAAGAGGGAGGAGGCUGAUCAGAAGAGAGAGGAGGCUGAGGCAGCGAAAUGUGAGGCAGAGCAGGAGAGGGAGGAAGCGGAGAAGGCACGGAGUGAGGCCGAGCAGAAGAGGGAGGAGGCUGAGCAGAAGAGGGAGGAGGCUGAGGCGGCGAAAUGUGAGGCAGAGAAGGAGAGGGAGGAAGCGGAGAAGGCACGGAGUGAGGCUGAGCAGAAGAGGGAGGAGGCUGAGCAGAAGAGAGAGGAGGCCGAGGCAGCGAAAUGUGAGGCAGAGAAGGAGAGGGAGGAAGCGGAGAAGGCACGGAGUGAGGCUGAGCAGAAGAGGGAGAAGGCUGAGCAGAAGAGAGAGGAGGCCGAGGCAGCGAAAUGUGAGGCAGAGAAGGAAAGGGAGGAAGCGGAGAAGGCACGGAGUGAGGCUGAGCAGAAGAGGGAGGAGGCUGAUCAGAAGAGAGAGGAGGCUGAGGCAGCGAAAUGUGAGGCAGAGCAGGAGAGGGAGGAAGCGGAGAAGGCACGGAGUGAGGCCGAGCAGAAGAGGGAGGAGGCUGAGCAGAAGAGAGAGGAGGCUGAGGCAGCGAAAUGUGAGGCAGAGAAGGGGAGGGAGGAAGCGGAGAAGGCACGGAGUGAGGCUGAGCAGAAGAGGGAGGAGGCUGAGCAGAAGAGAGAGGAGGCUGAGGCGGCGAAAUGUGAGGCAGAGAAGGAGAGGGAGGAAGCGGAGAAGGCACGGAGUGAGGCUGAGCAGAAGAGGGAGGAGGCUGAGCAGAAGAGAGAGGAGGCCGAGGCAGCGAAAUGUGAGGCAGAGAAGGAGAGGGAGGAAGCGGAGAAGGCACGGAGUGAGGCUGAGCAGAAGAGGGAGGAGGCUGAGCAGAAGAGAGAGGAGGCUGAGGCAGCGAGAUGUGAGGCAGAGAAGGAGAGGGAGGAAGUGGAGAAGGCACGGAAUGAGGCUGAGCAGAAGAGGGAGGAGGCUGAUCAGAAGAGAGAGGAGGCUGAGGCAGCGAAAUGUGAGGCAGAGAAGGAGAGGGAGGAAGCGGAGAAGGCACGGAAUGAGGCCGAGCAGAAGAGGGAGGAGGCUGAGCAGAAGAGAGAGGAGGCUGACGCGGCAAAAUGUGAGGCAGAGAAGGAGAGGGAGGAAGCGGAGAAGGCACGGAGUGAGGCUGAGCAGAAGAGGGAGAAGGCUGAGCAGAAGAGAGAGGAGGCCGAGGCAGCGAAAUGUGAGGCAGAGAAGGAAAGGGAGGAAGCGGAGAAGGCACGGAGUGAGGCUGAGCAGAAGAGGGAGGAGGCUGAUCAGAAGAGAGAGGAGGCUGAGGCAGCGAAAUGUGAGGCAGAGAAGGAGAGGGAGGAAGCGGAGAAGGCACGGAGUGAGGCCGAGCAGAAGAGGGAGGAGGCUGAACAGGCGAGAGAGGAGGCUGAGGCGGCAAAAUGUAAGGCAGAGAAGGAGAGGGAGGAAGCGGAGAAGGCACGGAGUGAGGCUGAGCAGAAGAGGGAGGAGGCUGAGCAGAAGAGAGAGGAGGCUGAGGCGGCGAAAUGUGAGGCAGAGAAGGAGAGGGAGGAAGCGGAGAAGGCACGGAGUGAGGCUGAGCAGAAGAGGGAGGAGGCUGAGCAGAAGAGAGAGGAGGCCGAGGCAGCGAAAUGUGAGGCAGAGAAGGAGAGGGAGGAAGCGGAGAAGGCACGGAGUGAGGCUGAGCAGAAGAGGGAGGAGGCUGAGCAGAAGAGAGAGGAGGCUGAGGCGGCGAAAUGUGAGGCAGAGAAGGAGAGGGAGGAAGCGGAGAAGGCACGGAGUGAGGCCGAGCAGAAGAGGGAGGAGGCUGAACAGGCGAGAGAGGAGGCUGAGGCGGCAAAAUGUAAGGCAGAGAAGGAGAGGGAGGAAGCGGAGAAGGCACGGAGUGAGGCUGAGCAGAAGAGGGAGGAGGCUGAGCAGACGAGAGAGGAGGCUGAGGCAGCGAAAUGUGAGGCAGAGAAGGAGAGGGAGGAAGCGGAGAAGGCACGGAGUGAGGCUGAGCAGAAGAGGGAGGAGGCUGAGCAGAAGAGAGAGGAGGCUGAGGCAGCGAGAUGUGAGGCAGAGAAGGAGAGGGAGGAAGCGGAGAAGGCACGGAGUGAGGCUGAGCAGAAGAGGGAGGAGGCUGAGCAGAAGAGAGAGGAGGCCGAGGCAGCGAUAUGUGAGGCAGAGAAGGAGAGGGAGGAAGCGGAGAAGGCACGGAGUGAGGCUGAGCAGAAGAGGGAGGAGGCUGAGCAGAAGAGAGAGGAGGCUGAGGCAGCGAGAUGUGAGGCAGAGAAGGAGAGGGAGGAAGUGGAGAAGGCACGGAAUGAGGCUGAGCAGAAGAGGGAGGAGGCUGAUCAGAAGAGAGAGGAGGCUGAGGCAGCGAAAUGUGAGGCAGAGAAGGAGAGGGAGGAAGCGGAGAAGGCACGGAGUGAGGCCGAGCAGAAGAGGGAGGAGGCUGAACAGGCGAGAGAGGAGGCUGAGGCGGCAAAAUGUAAGGCAGAGAAGGAGAGGGAGGAAGCGGAGAAGGCACGGAGUGAGGCUGAGCAGAAGAGGGAGGAGGCUGAGCAGACGAGAGAGGAGGCUGAGGCAGCGAAAUGUGAGGCAGAGAAGGAGAGGGAGGAAGCGGAGAAGGCACGGAGUGAGGCUGAGCAGAAGAGGGAGGAGGCUGAGCAGAAGAGAGAGGAGGCUGAGGCAGCGAGAUGUGAGGCAGAGAAGGAGAGGGAGGAAGCGGAGAAGGCACGGAGUGAGGCUGAGCAGAAGAGGGAGGAGGCUGAGCAGAAGAGAGAGGAGGCCGAGGCAGCGAAAUGUGAGGCAGAGAAGGAGAGGGAGGAAGCGGAGAAGGCACGGAAGAGGAGGCUGAGGCAGCGAAGAUGUGAGGCAGAGAAGGAGAGGGAGGAAGUGGAGAAGGCACGGAAUGAGGCUGAGCAGAAGAGGGAGGAGGCUGAUCAGAAGAGAGAGGAGGCUGAGGCAGCGAAAUGUGAGGCAGAGAAGGAGAGGGAGGAAGCGGAGAAGGCACGGAGUGAGGCCGAGCAGAAGAGGGAGGAGGCUGAACAGGCGAGAGAGGAGGCUGAGGCGGCAAAAUGUAAGGCAGAGAAGGAGAGGGAGGAAGCGGAGAAGGCACGGAGUGAGGCUGAGCAGAAGAGGGAGGAGGCUGAGCAGACGAGAGAGGAGGCUGAGGCAGCGAAAUGUGAGGCAGAGAAGGAGAGGGAGGAAGCGGAGAAGGCACGGAGUGAGGCUGAGCAGAAGAGGGAGGAGGCUGAGCAGAAGAGAGAGGAGGUUGAGGCAGCCAGAUGUGAGGCAGAGAAGGAGAGGGAGGAAGCGGAGAAGGCACGGAGUGAGGCCGAGCAGAAGAGGGAGGAGGCUGAGCAGAAGAGAGCGGAGGCUGAGCAGAAGAGAGAGGAGGCUGACGCGGCAAAAUGUGAGGCAGAGAAGGAGAGGGAGGAAGCGGAGAAGGCAUGGAGUGAGGCUGAGCAGAAGAGGGAGAAGGCUGAGCAGAAGAGAGAGGAGGCCGAGGCAGCGAAAUGUGAGGCAGAGAAGGAAAGGGAGGAAGCGGAGAAGGCACGGAGUGAGGCUGAGCAGAAGAGGGAGGAGGCUGAGCAGAAGAGAGAGGAGGCUGAUCAGAAGAGAGAGGAGGCUGAGGCAGCGAAAUGUGAGGCAGAGAAGGAGAGGGAGGAAGCGGAGAAGGCACGGAGUGACGCCGAGCAGAAGAGGGAGGAGGCUGAACAGAAGAGAGAGGAGGCUGAGGCGGCAAAAUGUAAGGCAGAGAACGAGAGGGAGGAAGCGGAGAAGGCACGGAGUGAGGCAGAGCAGAAGAGGGAGGAGGCUGAGCAGAAGAGAGAGGAGGCUGAGGCAUCAAAAUGUGAGGCAGAGAACGAGAGGGAGGAAGCGGAGAAGGCACGGAGUGAGGCCGAGCAGAAGAGGGAGGAGGCUGAGCAGAAGAGAGAGGAGGCUGAGGCGGCUAAAUGUGAGGCAGAGAAGGAGAGGGAGGAAGCGGAGAAGGCACGGAGUGAGGCCGAGCAGAAGAUGGAGGAGGCUGAGCAGAAGAGAGAGGAGGCUGAGGCGGCUAAAUGUGAGGCUGAGAAGGAGAUGGAGGAAGCGGAGAAGGCACGGAGUGAGGCUGAGCAGAAGUGGGAGCAGGCUGAGCAGAAGAGGGAGGAGGCUGAGGCAGCGAGAUGUGAGGCUGAGAAGGAGAGGGAGGAAGCGGAGAAGGCACGGAGUCAGGCUGAGGAAAAGAGGGAGGAGGCUGAGCAGAAGUCCGAGGAGGCUGACCAGAGGAGAGAGGAGGCUGAGGCAGCGAAAUAUGAGGUUGAGAAGGAGAGGGGGGAAGCGGAGAAGGCACGGAGAGAGGCUGAGCAGAAGAGGGAGGAGGCUGAGCAGAAGAGGGAGGAGGCUGAGGCAGCGAAAUGUGUGGUUGAGAAGGAGAGGGGCGAAGCGGAGAAGGCACGGAUUGACGCUGAGGAGAAGAGAGAGGAGGCUGAGCAGAAGAGAGAGGAGGCUGAGGAGAAGAGAGAGGAGGCUGAGCUGAAUAGAGAGGAGGCUGAGGCAUCGAAAUGUGAGGCUGAGAAGGAGAGGGAGAAAGCGGAGAAGGCACGGAGUGAGGCUGAGCAGAAGAGGGAGGAGGCAGAGUUUGAGAGAGAUGGUGCAUUAGCCAAAGCAGAAGUUGCUAUGAGGCAAUGGGAGGAGGCUGAUCGGGAGAGGGAGGGUGCUUUUGCCAAGGCUGAAGUGGCAGGAAGAGGAAGGGAGGAGUCAGAGAGGGAGAGGGAUGGUGCACUUGCCAAAGCAGAAGAAGCAGAGAGAGCAAGGGAUGGUGCUCUUGCUAAAGCUGAAGAGGCGGAAAGAGGAAGGGAGGAGGCAGAGGGUGAGAGGGAUUGUUGUAUUGCAAAGGCCGAAGAGGCAGUGAGAGCAAGGGAGGAGGCAGAGAGGGAGAGGGAUGGUGCUAUUGUAGAGGCAGAAGAGGCGGGAAUAGCUAGGGAGGAGGCAGAGAAGGAGAGGGAUGGUGCUUUUGCAACGGCAGAAGAGGCGGGAGGAGCAAGGGAGGAGUCAGAGAGGGAGAGGGAUGGUGCUAUUGCAAAGGCAGAAGAGGCGGGAAGAGCAAGGAAGGAGGCAAAGAGGGAGAGGGAUGGUGCUAUUGCAAUGGCAGAAGAGGCGGGAAUAGCGAGGGAGGAGGCAGAGUGGGAGAGGGAUGGUGCUAUUGCAAAGGCAGAAGAGGCGGGAAGAGCAAGGGAGGAGGCAGAGAGGGAGAGGGAUGGUGCACUGGCUAAGGCAGAAGAGGCCGAAAGAGGAAGGGAGGAGGUAGCGCAUGGGGAGAGGUUGGGGGAGAGAGAAAGGGAGCUGGUGCGGGCCCUUGAAGAAGCUGUAGGGGAGCUGGCUGGUGUCGAAGAGCAUAGGGAGACCUUGAUUGAGAGAGAGGCAAAGAUUCUGCGCGCCCUAGAGGAAGCUACAGCGGAGCUGACUCGCGCAAAAGAGCAUGGGGAGAGGUUGAGGGAGAGAGAAGCAGAGAUUCUGCAGGCUCUUGAGGAAGCUGCAGGGGAGCUGGCUGGCGUGAAAGAGCAUAGGGAAACCUUGAUUGGGAGAGAAUCGGAGUUUUUGCGAGCUCUGGAGGAAGCUACAGGGGAGCUGGCCCGUGCAAAGGAGCAUGGGGGGGACUUGGAGGAGGAACUGGGCCGAGUGAGGGUGGAGCUUGAAAGAGUCAAGAGUGAUGGGGAGAGUGUGCAAGAAGAGCUUGAGAGAGAGAGAAGAGAAGGGGAGAGUGUGAGGGGGGAGCUAGAGAGAGUGAAAAGAGAUGGGGAGAGUGUGAAGAGGGAGCUAGAGAGAGUGAGAAGAGAUGGGGAGAGUGUGAAGGGGGAGCUUGAGAGAGUGAGAGGGGAGUUGGAGCGAGUGACCGGGGAGCUGGCGCGGGUGACGGAGGCGAAGAGGGAGAGUGUGCGGAAUUUGAGCGAGUCGCUGCUGGCUUCUGAGGAGCAGAGGAAGAAGCUGGUGGAGCUGCUGCGAUUGGCUGAGAGCUUUGAAGGGUUUUCUACAACACUUUGGUAGUGUCCAAGGCAGAAUUCCAAUUCCCCUGGAUGUGCCCUCGUAUCUAACUUAGUGAGGAAAAUGUUUCUGAUUUAUUUCUGUAAAUAAUGCGUUAUCUCGUGCAUACUACAAUUAUUGCUAACGGUUCGGCUUCAGGAAAAGUUGGAGUGUGUUGCUGACGGUUUCGAACUUAUGAAAAGGUUGGACGGUCAGAGUGGUACAGUGGAUUU